GCUUGGUCUCGUGACGAGGGUUACAUUGUUCAGCUGUUAGCAUCUGCCCCGUUUUGAUUUGUAAAUGUCAUGAUAUUCAGCCAGCUAAAAAAGAAGCCAAUAAUCGAAAUAAUCUCAACGACCACCAAGGAUGUUGUCUCGCCUGCUGAAGGAGCACCAGGCAAAGCAAAAUGAGCGGAAGGAGCUGCAGGAGAGACGCAGGCGUGAAGCUAUUGCUGCAGCCACCUGUCUAACAGAGGCCCUGGUAGACCACCUCAAUGUUGGUGUUGCUCAGGCAUAUGUAAACCAACGGAAGCUCGACCAUGAGGUGAAGACUCUCCAAGUGCAGGCGAGCCAGUUCUCCAAACAAACUGCUCAGUGGAUCAGUAUGGUGGAGGGUUUCAAUCAAGCCCUAAAGGAAAUUGGUGAUGUGGAGAACUGGGCCCGCAGUAUUGAGAUGGACAUGAGAACCAUCGCCACAGCUCUAGAGUAUGUACACAAAGGUCAGCUUCAGUCUGCUUCCUCCUAAACUUGAAGAUGUGUGAAAGUUUACAGCUGAAACUAAAUACGCUGGAAUGAAGCAGAAAUCCUAUUAGCAAAGAUGCAAGCAGCAAUGACUGUGCUUGUUUGCAUGCCCUUCUGAGUGGGCUGAUGCUGAUGAUGACUUUGUCUCGAGAAAGACUUGCAUUUGACAGUUAAUGGCAUCACUGCUUCUUCUUGCUCUUGUGUGAGAUGCAAUAUUAACUAGGACAACCACACAAUGAUGCUGGAGUUGUUCAAAGAUGAAGUUUGUGUAUAAAAUUAAAUGAUCUAGGAUCUGUUUAAUAAUGACUUCAACUGAUCGCAUUAAUUAAAUAACUGGAGAAAAGCAAUGUCAGUGUGGAAUUAUCAAAGUCUCAAAAACAUUUUCUAAGAAGGCGUCUUUUCAGCACCUGAUAACUAAAUUAUGUAUGUCUGUGUUUAUGUGUCUGUGUACAGUGAUGAUUGUACUGUUUUUGUCUGACAACUUAACUUUUUUGUCAACAUUUGGUGAUGGAACAUUAUUUUUAAUAAAAUUAAAAAAUUAACUGUUUUUUUUUCUUCUUAUG